UGUUCCUACGAGGUCCACUAUUUAUUUUCUUUAUUAUUUCAUACCAUGUUCAAAGCGUAUAAAACUUCUUUUUAGUUACGUUGCCAAGCAACAGUUUCAAAACAACUAGGUAUUUAUAUCUAAAUUAUCACGAUUUCUAAGUUUUAUGACGCAAAUUAAUAAUGGCUGAAGAACUCCAAAAAGUUCAUUUAUAUUACGAUGACAUUAACAAAAUCAGAGUCAUAGAAAACAAUGUACUUAAAGAAACAGAGGAUCUGAAGGACACAUGCAAGGAUUAUGACACAAAGAUUCAAGAUUUCGGGAAGAUAAUCAACACUCUUCUAGAGGUUCUGAAGGAACUUGGAGAUAACGUGGAGAAGAAAAAAAUGGCUGCUAUUGGUUCCAUGAAUCUUUUGAAGUCUAUAUCCAAAGAACGCGAAGCUGAACAAGCUAAAUUACAAGCUGAAAUUAAUGACAAAUCCAUGAUAUUAGAACAAUUGGAUAGUGAAUAUGAUGCUCUUCAGAUUUUAGAAGCAACACAGAUGGAAACUAUUGAAUACUUGACUCAAAUAAGAUAAAAAUAUUGCGUAGAUUAGUAUUUUCGUCGAGCUUUACGUGUGUGUCGUCAUGAUCGAGUUAACUAAUUCAUUGUUUUAGUUUAUUUAAAAAAUAUACUAAAUUAGUUCCAAAUUCCAGUUGAAACUAUCGUAGAUAUUUUUAAAGUAAUAAAAAGGGAUUAUAAUUGAUUAUUGCUAUUUUUCUUUUCACACAACUCAUUUCUACAAUAUGUAAUUUAGUUUCGAACAUGAACUAGAACUGCUACCUUCUAAAACAAAUUCCAUUACAGCAACCACGCGCCGUUAAUUUAUGGCUUAUCCAACUCAACUGUUUAUAAAAUACAAAAUAAAACCAUACUUUUCAGUCUGUAAAAAUGUAAUUUUCACUGAAACACACAUGUAAUAACACAGUAGUCAAACUGUAAAUCAUAAUCGUUGAAGGAAUAACCGAAUUGUCUUGAAAUUGUAUGAAUAAAUUAAUUUUUCUACCAAUAAGUAAUUCACAAUUUGGAAAAUUAUUUCAACUUAACCACAAAAUAAGUAGGAAUUAAGUUUAUUUUACAAUACCUGUGAUUACAAAAAUAUAACUACUUAUUACUACAGAGUAACACAGAUAAAUAAUUGAAAUAUAGAUACAUUCCCUUGAUUCCAAAGUCAAUUAACAUUUAAUUUUAUGUAGGAACAUGCCAAUGUCAUAAUUUUAGAUUUACCAAACACCAAAUACGUCCAAAUUGUGUUCCUGGCCUUAACUAGAAACAUCAAGUCAAUAUUUAAGACUUCAUUAGACAAUUUUGGAUUAUUUUAUUAGUCAGCUUAUAUUUUAUUAAUUCACAUUUUAAUCACGUCGCUAUUACUGUCGUUUUACAAAAUGAUGAAAAUGAAUAAAUAAAGUGGCACAAAUUCUGCUGCCUUUUAAAAAAAAA